AUGGCCGAGCAGCAGGGCCGGGAGCCUGAGUGCCCUGUCUGCUGGAACCCCUUCAACAACACGUUCCACACCCCCAAAGUGCUGGACUGUUGUCACUCCUUCUGCGUGGAAUGCCUGGCCCACCUCAGCCUGGUGACUCCAGCCCGGCGCCGGUUGCUCUGCCCCCUCUGUCGCCAGCCCACGGUGCUGGCCUCUGGGCAGCCUGUCACGGACUUGCCCACGGAUACUGCCGUGCUCACCCUGCUUCGCCUGGAGCCCCACCAUGUCAUCCUGGAAGGCCACCAGCUCUGUCUCAAGGACCAGCCUAAGAGCCGCUACUUCCUGCGCCAGCCCCGGGUUUACACGCUGGACCUAGGCCCUGAGCCCGGGGGCCAAACUGGGCCCCCCCAGGACGCAGGCCCUUCCCCCAGGUCUCUGCCCAUUCCCGUCCCCAGCCACUACUCUCUGAGGGAGUGUUUCCGCAACCCUCAGUUCCGGAUCUUUGCUUACCUGAUGGCUGUCAUCCUCAGUGUCACCCUGUUGCUCAUCUUCUCCGUCUUUUGGACUAAGCAGUUCCUUUGGGGUGUGGGAUGAGCGUUGCUUCUGGACAAGGAACCAAGUCUCUCCUGACUGCUGCUGGGGAUGGGGACCUCAGAGCCUCAUUUGGGGUUGUCUUCCUUUGUAGUAUUGUUCCUUUUUGCAAUCCGGAGAUCAGUAAGGCCAGGUGUUUGCUUCUGGGAACAGUCCUAUAAUGGGAAUAUUUGAAACCGAAAAGGCUGGGAAAAGGUGUGAAGAGACCCCUGGGUGUGAGCCAUGGGCCAAGAAGGGCAGAGAAGCAGACCUGGGACAAAGAGCUACAUGGCAAGUUGUGCUCAAGGGCUGGAUGAUGGUAUCCGGGAGCUCGACCAGCCCAGAAAGUGCAUUUCUCACUGGAGUUGCUCCCAACUCGGUUCACAUUUGUUUGUUAUAUCUUGCUACAAUUUUGGAAAGUGAGCCUCAAUUCUGUGAGCAAAGGCGUGUGCCUUCUUUCAGUUUUCUCUUUAGAAGUCCUGCCACCUGCAGUCACGAACUCAUGCACUGACUCAUUCAAUAACCACUUGGUCGAUGUGGUGUCAGAACUAGGGGAAGGGAAGGAUAGGAUAUCCAUGGGUCACAGAGAGCCUCUACCAGCAAGGACGGCAUGUUUCCUCAGCUGCUUGUACAGGACAACCUCUUGUCGGUGUGUGGCUUCUGGAGUGUUGAGAGUAAAGGUGAUCAAAAGAAAUCUGCGAUUUGGAGAAAAGGUUUUUAUUCCUCCAGGUAGGUGCAGAGGCCCUAAUUAAGCCUGGAUGCUGGACAGAGCUGACUCCCCUGCUCCAGGCAGUUGACCUCAAGAGGUAGGGCAGAAGCCCUGGAUAGAGGGCUCCAUCCCAGGCCAUGCAGACAGAGAUGCUAGUUUUCAUUUCAUGGGACUUAAUCCCAGUACCAAGGCAAACUAGAUGCGUAGGUGGUUUAACUCUAAAUUGCCACCUAGGCAGUAUCUAAAACUGUUUCUUCUUCCCCAGUUUUAAUAUUGUCCAGUGGCCCACAGUUCUGGAACAAUCUCAAAGUGGUUAAAACACCAUUACAAUUAUGAAAAGACAACAUUUGAGGGGUAUUUUGAUUUGUGGAAUAAACUUUCAGAGUCAGAAA